AUGAAUAAUACCAUUGAUUUUACCUUACCUGCUCAAAUUAUUAUUACAAUUGAAGGAAUAUUUGGCACAAUAUUCAAUAUUGUGGCUAUCACUGUUGUGUUCACUUCACAAUUCGGUUCAAAAUUUACUACAUUUGUAUUUAGAGCACAACCAAUAUUUGAUUUAAGUGCAUGUUUCGUAACAACAAUCUAUUAUAUCAUUCAAUUUACUAAAGGUUAUGAUAAACCUACAGGAUUAUAUAUUAUUGAUAUAAUUUUAUGCCAUUUUUGGUUUCAGAAUUCACUAUUCUGGUUGCCAUGUAUCUUAAGUGUGCAAAAUCUGGUUUGUAUAUCAUUGGACCGAGUGAGUUCUGUCAUAUUUCUUAGAUCACUUAAAUCAUAUACGAAAAAAUUCUUUAUAAUAUACUUUGUAUAUAUGGUUUCUAUGGUUUUGAUUUUAUAUAUCCCUACACCACUUCUUCGUCGAUAUACUGAUAAUCGUUGUGUAAUGGAUUUUUCUGUUCCAUGGAUCGAUACAAAUGCAUUUGUUGAGUAUUUUGUAUAUUCCUGGGUUAUAUUUGCUUAUUGUGUACCCGUUCUAGUCAUGCUCAUCAGUCAUGCUUGGGUAAUACAUACUUUAAGAGGACAUAACUCAUCUUGUCAUUUUUUAUCACGUGAUAUGCAGUCUAAUUUACAAAUUAAACGUAGAAUAAGUCAACUUGUAAUCACAACGUCAAUUUUGUCUAUUCAGCAAACUGUUUUACACUUUUUUGAAUGUAUAAGUCAAAUAUUGGAAGUAACCGGAAUUUUUCGAUAUAGCUUUGACAGUCCAAUUGAACAAAUGAGUACAUUACUUAUAUUAUUGGGAUAUAUGUCAAAUCCAUGUAUUCUUGUUUUUAGUACAGCUGUAUUAAGAAGACGUUUGUCGUUAUUACUCAAAAGUCUAACAGAAAAAAUAACCAACAUUACAAUAAUCAAGCUAUACUCAAAUUGAUCGACACAAAAAGUACAUUCGCACUAUACAUAUCAAGGGAAUAUAUAACAAUAUUGUGAUGUUUUGUACAAUGAGUUGACAAAAUUCACUUUUUACACUUAUUUUGGAUGAAUGUGUUAUUUUUGAAACUUAUUUAUCCUCUAUAAUAUUCUCUCUACAAUUAACUAACUAUUUACUCAUCUAUUUACCGAUAACCGAUAUGAUUCUUUGCCAACUGUCCUAAUAAAAAAGAAGAUAUUUUAUCAUUCUUUAGAUCCAUGGUCGAACACUAUACAUCAAUAUAUUCAAAUUAAAAUGUUUAAUUUUAUGCAGAAAUAGUUUCGAGAUUAAUUUGUAGUUAAAUAUAAUUCUUUAUUGUGUUGUAUAGGGCCAGUGAAAUGUCACUAUGCCCUAGCCAAAUCAUACGACCGUCAGGUAACAGAAUAUCGAACAGAUCACCGAUCCUUGUUAAGUUCAAGGAAAACUAACGCGCAUCAAUUAAUCGCACACCAUGAACUGGUCCAUACAACGGUGGUCGCAACUUCUCCAUUGGACCUACUUUUACCAAUACAUUUCUAUAAUAACAUCCCUUGCAUCAUACGGUCUUCGAAGCAGUCAAUAGUACGUUGAUACGAUGAAAUUGUAAUCCACAUUUGUUACUGACCAUGAAGUGUUACUUCAAAGUUAGCUGGUUCGUCACACUAUUCCCAUCCAACUCGAGUAAGCCCUCAAUCAUUCAGCACACAAGUUCAUAUAUGUUAGUGA